CCGGAAGCUACCGGAUUCGGAAUCUCGCCCGCAGUCUUGCAGUCGCCGGGUGCGCGUGGGUGCGAGCGGAGCUCGCCCCGCACGGGGCACCCCGACGGUGCCGCCGCGUCGGCGGCCUGGGGGCGGCUCUCAGUGAUUGGGACGCGACGGAGCGGGCUCCGCGUGACUGACCCUGCGGUUCCCAGAGCCCCCCAGCACAGGCCGGAAUGUUCGUCCUGGUGGAGAUGGUGGACACCGUGCGGACCCCCCCUUGGCAGUUUGAGAGGAAGCUCAACGACUCCAUUGCCGAGGAGUUGAACAAGAAGUUGGCCAACAAGGUGGUGUACAGCGUGGGACUCUGCAUCUGUCUGUUUGACAUCACCAAGCUGGAGGACGCCUAUGUGUUCCCGGGGGACGGUGCGUCACACACCAAAGUUCACUUUCGCUAUGUGGUGUUCCAUCCCUUCCUGGAUGAGAUUCUGAUUGGAAAGAUCAGAGGCUGCAGCCCAGAGGGAGUGCAUGUCUCUCUGGGGUUCUUCGAUGACAUUCUCAUCCCUCCAGAGUCACUGCAGCAGCCGGCCAAGUUCGAUGAGGCGGAGCAGGUGUGGGUGUGGGAGUACGAGACAGAGGAAGGCGCGCACGACCUGUACAUGGACACCGGCGAGGAGAUCCGCUUCCGGGUGGUGGACGAGAGCUUCGUGGACACGUCCCCCACCGGGCCCAGCUCGGCCGAGGCCGCCUCUUCUAGCGAGGAGCUGCCAAAGAAGGAGGCUCCAUACACGCUUGUGGGAUCCAUUAGUGAGCCGGGCCUGGGCCUUCUCUCCUGGUGGACUAGCAGCUAGCGCUGAGGCCUAACACUGGACCCUGCCCAGUCCCACAGACCACACCCCAGCCCUCGGGAAGGUGGUGCAGCCGGUCCUGAAGACAGCAGCGGCUUCUGCAGGUGCCGAGGAGCAUCCUGUGUCCUGCCAGGUUGUCCCCUCCCCUGCUUCUCCCAGAGCUACUCCGAGUCCUACUGUCCCCAUGGACCUGUGCCUCUCCGUGAGAGCAAGGACGUGUAAUAAAUGUGAUGGCAGCCUCAGGUGAGAGAGCCACCCUUGUCUCAUUGACCAGAGGUCACCAGGUUGCCACAGCUGGGACAGCAUGUCCUUUCUCACCCCAGGUCUCGUCUGGAGAUGACCCAGUGGCAGGACUUGGGGGUUGAGAGAUCCAGGCUGGGCUCUGGGCCAGCUGAGCUUGGUGGCUCCGUGAAGCAACAGGCUGCCUGGGGCAGCUGCCAGUUGCUGAUCAGAGUCUGACCUUUAAGGGAAAAACCUCCUUUCUUCCCACCAGCAUGUGGAAAGUGGACGGGCCUGGACUCAGCCAACCAGCUUCAUCAGGGAAGGGCUUUGCUGGCCCAGGGGGUGAGGGCUGGUGACCUGCUGUUUUUAUUCCCCCACCAGCAGUACAGCAGGACGCCUCGGGCCAGCUGUCACUUUCUGACCUUGGCCAUGCCAGGAACACCCUGUGGGUCUGUCUGCUUGUGAAGUGAGAUCCUGGCACCAGGGCAAGCACCCCUUCGUUUACUCAGCAGAAUGGCUUUGCCAGAUUCCUCCUGCCCCUUCACUCAUUUCUGCUGGGAAUUUCUUCUGGGACGAGGACAUCGUUUUGUAGCAGCCACUGGGUGCCUUGUUUCUGUCAGGCAAAUCAUGUCCUUAUGGAGUCUCCAUGGAGCCUGCCUCCUGCCCUGGCCUUUCGGCUCACACAGACACGGCCGUGGAGGUGCAGGUAGAGCCAGUGGACAGGGCUCCAGGGAGAGAGGCAGUUACAGAGCAGUGCCUGCGGCCGCCCUGUACUGAGAAACGGGGCAGUACACUAUGGACUAGCUGUGACCUUGGACAUGGUGGCCUGUCUGUAAAACAGACACUCUUUGGGUGUUUGAAGGGCAACUCAAUGCCCAGGGGAAGGGGGGCAUCCAUCUUGGGCCCAACCCCCUGGCCCAUCAGGGAAGCUAUUGGAAUGUGUGGGGGUGGGGAGAGGAGGCUGCCCAACAGGCAGAACUGGGGCUGAAAAAAAAGCAGAAAGUCCAGUCCAGCCAUGGCAUGGCUUUUGGGCCGUGUCCACUGAC